CGCGCGCCGCUCCUCAUGGGCCACCGUAGAGAACGUCGGGCGGCCUCCGGGACGGGAGCCGAGAGGCGCUGUUCACCGCGCCUGCGACAGCGUCAGCCCUGCGCGGAGCGCCGGCCCAUGGCGGCGGCGGCGGCGGCAGCGGCGGCGGCGGCGGCGAUGGCAGAGCAGGAGGGCGCCCGCAACGGGGCCCGCAACCGCGGCGGCGUCCAGCGCGUGGAGGGCAAGCUGCGCGCCAGCGUCGAGAAGGGCGACUACUACGAGGCGCACCAGAUGUACCGGACCCUGUUCUUCAGGUACAUGUCACAGAACAAGCACGCGGAGGCCCGGGAGCUCAUGUGCUCGGGAGCCCUGCUCUUCUUCAGCCACGGCCAGCAAAACAGUGCCGCGGACUUGUCCAUGCUGGUCCUGGAGUCGCUGGAGAAGGCUGAGGCGGAGGUGGCCGAGGAGCUGCUGGAAAGCCUGGCGAGACUGUUCAGCCUGAUGGACCCCAACUCCCCGGAGCGAGUGGCCUUCGUGUCCAGAGCCCUGAAGUGGUCUGGCGGAGGGUCCGGGAGGCUGGGCCACCCGCGGCUGCACCAGCUGCUGGCCGUCACCCUGUGGCGAGAGCAAAACUACUGCGAGUCGCGGUACCACUUCCUGCACUCCACCGACGGCGAGGGCUGUGCCAACAUGCUGGUGGAGUACUCCACCGCCCGGGGCUUCCGCAGCGAGGUGGACAUGUUCGUGGCCCAGGCCGUGCUGCAGUUCCUGUGUCUGAAGAACAAGAGCAGCGCGUCCGUGGUGUUCGCGACGUACACCCAGAAGCACCCCUCCAUCGAGGACGGCCCCCCCUUCGUGCAGCCGCUGCUCAACUUCAUCUGGUUCCUGCUGCUGGCCGUGGACGGGGGCAAGCUGACGGUGUUCACGGUGCUGUGCGAGCAGUACCAGCCGUCGCUGCGGCGGGACCCCAUGUACAACGAGUACCUCGACAGGAUAGGACAGCUCUUCUUCGGGGUGCCGCCCAAGCAGACGUCUUCCUACGGGGGCUUGCUAGGUAACCUCCUGAGCAGCCUCAUGGGCUCCUCGGAGCAGGAGGGCGAGGACAGCCAGGACGACAGCAGCCCCAUCGAGCUCGACUGACGCCGCCUCCACCUGCACGAGGCCUGCGGCUGGCGGCGUGGUCCCGCGUGGGAGCCCCGGGCCCUCCCCGCUCGGAGGCUGCGGCAGCUGCGUCGGCGCCUGUGGGCGGGCCCCGGCCGGGGGCGGGCGGCCGCGGCCUCGGGUUGCCCCACAAUAAAGCACAGGCCUGCGCGCCGGCCUCCCCCAGUC